AUGACUGACCCGUUCUCGCUCAUCACUGGGGUGGCUGGCCUUCUUUCCCUGGCCGGCACCGUCAUCAGCCAAUGCUACUGUUACGGCUGUGCGGUGGCUGAGGCCCCGGAUGAAGCAAGGCGGCUAGUGUCUGAAGUCACCAGCCUGAAUGGCAUCUUGUUGGGUGUCCAAGGACUGGCCACGCAGAUGGAUCUGCCAGUAUACCAGUUGGAGUCGUCAUUGAAAAAUUGCAAGGUUGUGCUGGACACUGUGUCCACGAAGCUGCAUAAGUUCUCUCCGAAUUCAAGCAAAUCGCCAGGAAAACGUGCAAUCAGUCGCCUUCUUUGGCCACUUCGCAAGAAUGAGACAGAGGAACUCGUCUCGGCCGUCGAGAGACAUAAAAACUCCUUGUCCCUCUCCUUGAGCUCUCUUUCAGUGGCAAACAGGGAGGCACUGAUGAGCCAGAGUGCCACUUUGGAAACCGUCUCAGAAACUCUGACCGAGAUCAAAUACAAGAAUGCUGAGCAGGAACGAAGAGACAUUUUACACUGGCUGUGUGAGCAUAAUUACGAGGCUCAGUUCCAGCGAGCACAUCAGCUCCAUUGCAAGAACACGUGCAACUGGCUCCUCCACGACCCUGCAUUCCUCGACUGGUCAAAUGCCAGAUCCUCUCUGCUCUGGAUGCAUGGCCAAGGAGGUUCAGGGAAGACUAUAGCCACGAGCUACUUGAUCCACCAUCUCUUGGACAUAAAACCAGACGACUCUCUAUUGGCCUAUUUCUACUAUGAUGCCAGCACGAUUGAAAGUCUGACACCACAAACCUUCUUUGGCGCCGUUGUCAAACAGUUCUGUUCGGAACUGCCACAACUGCCUGCCCAUAUUAUUGAUGCAUACAGACGAGCUUCAAGUCGUCUAGGCAGCCCGAGCCAACCAAGUCUAAUGGAGUUGAAGACCUUCCUGCAGCAGCUGCUAGAAAGCACCAAUUCGGCAACAGUUGUUGUUGACGGCUUGGACGAGUCUCCUGACUACUCGAUGGUGGGUGACUUUCUGACCUCAAUCGUGCGAUCUGGAAAAUACGCGCUGCGCGUGUUUGUUAGCAGUCGACCAGAGGUGGACUUGCGUCGAUAUCUCGUCGAAUUUCCAAACAUCCCUGUUCCUGAAGAAGCGAUUGAACAAGAUAUCAGUGUGUAUAUCAAGAUGAGAAUCUGUAGUGAUCCACGGCUUCGACGAAUGAGCGAGAAUAUGAAGGCUUUUGUGGAGAGGACACUGCGAACAGAUGCUAACGGGAUGUUUCGCUGGGUACAGUGCCAACUAGACGAAAUUUCCAGGCUGAGGACCGAUGCUGCUCUGAAGCGAGCGCUAACUCAGCUCCCUCCCAGCAUUGAGGGCUCAUAUUUGCGCAUCAUCGACAGCAUUGCUCGGGAGGACAUCCCUUUUGCAACGCGGACGCUGUUGUGGCUUGCUCAUGCUUCUACACCACUCACCUUGCCCGAACUUGCUGAAGCUGUGGUUCUUGAGCCAGACUUUGAUGAACUAGAUCCUGACUCGAAGCUCAAUGAUCCAAAUGACGUCCUCGAAAUCUGCCGCAGCUUGAUCGCCUUUCAUCCAAUUUCACAGACCGCUCGUCUUGCCCAUCAUUCGGUCCGGGAGUUCCUCACGGGCCGGCUUGAUUCAUCUUCUGAGUUCUAUAUUCCCGCGCAGGCAUCGCACCGCACCAUAGCCGAGGUAUGCAUCCGUUAUAUGCUUCUGGAGGACUUUUCGGCUGGUCCAUUGUUCAAGGCAGAUUUUAUGUGGACACUCUCCGAGUUCCCUCUUCUCCGCUACGCGGCUCAAAACUGGCCGUUCCACGUGCAGAUGUCGGGCGCAGAGACCGACUUACUUCCUCUCAUCCGGAGAUUGAUGACCACACGCUCAAAUCCCAAGUUUCUCUUUUGGCUCCAGGUCGUUCUCUUUGAUUCGUGGCAUGGCUUUGUCCACCCGGACACGGAUCUUCAGAGUGCUCGGCCGCUCUAUUACGCCGCGUCUUACGGCCUGACAGAGACCGUGAGGAGUCUGGCCACAGAGGGCGCCGACCUGGAUGAACGAGCCGGCAGAUACGGCGGUACGGCACUGCAUGCUGCCGUAUGGCGAAAGAAGCCGGAAAUUAUCGACAUUCUCCUCGAUGCCGGGGCCGACCCAAGCAUCAAGGACUACAACGGAGCCACUCCAGCAGAGCUCUCGCUUUUCAGCGGGAAUAAGCGUUACAACCGCCUUCACGUCGAGAAGCGCAGCAAGGGUCAGUUGGCGCCUUUCGAUGAGAGCGUCGUUCGACUACGAGAAAAGGAGCUCGCCGUGCCGAUGUCUGGCGAGUUUGAGCUUGACCAGGAGAAGAAGAACGAUCAGAAACCAGCCAAAAGAUCACUACGAGUGGUCAACGCGACACAUGACGAUGCAUCUCUGGAGCCAUCUAACGAGAAGCAAUCAGUCAACCACGACCCGACGGGGUUUUCUUGGUCAAAUUUUCCCACCCUGACUGUCCGGCUCUCCGAGGAAGGCAGUUGA